UGCACUAUAAAAUAUUUUAACUAUAUUUGAUGGGUUGGUAUUUAGUUCUUAUUUUCUAUAAAAGUUUGCUUACAAACAUGUAUCUCUAAAAAAAUAUCAUAAUAAUUCUACUAAAGCAAACUAAUUUAAAUACAUGGAAAAUUCGCCCGUGCUAUGAUAUACUAGUAAGAUAUAUAAAUGACAGACGGUUUCCGUUGUUUUGUUCUUUUAACCACAAGACGGUUUCCGUUGUUUAUGUCUUGUUUCUUUACAGUACCCGACAAACCCUAAAGGAAACUUAAAAUUUCUUACAGAUUUCAAAUGGCAGCGAGAAAGAAGAAGACACCAACCAUGGUUUCAUCAGAGAGCACAGUGUCCGUACCGGACUGGUCUCUUCUCCCUGUAGAACUACUCCACAUUAUCUCCAAGAAGGUGGAGGACUGUUUCGAUGUUGUUCAUGCUCGCUCUGUUUGCACCUUGUGGCGAUCCAUCUUUCCCUUUCCUUCUCACCUAUCACGCCCAAGUUACACUCUUCCCACGCCUCGAGAAGAUCCCCCGUGGAGCCUCGAGAAGAUCCCUCUGUUCCUCUUUAGACCCCGAGCUCUCGCUGCUUCUGAGUUUUUCUUGGGCGGGAUAGGGCGAUAUGAGCCAGAGGAGGAGGAGGAGGAGGAGCUUCCAUCUCCUAUCCAAUGCUCAGUGAAAGUGGAGAUUCCAGGAUCAUCUGAUCCAAGGUUGAUAAACAUGCUCGACUGCCAGAUCCUCCCUCUCGGCCAUCAGUACAGAAUGAUUGGUUGCAAUGCUAGAGAGUACAGAAACGUGGCUGUUCUUCAUCUAAACCAUGAGGGAGAAGGAGGAGGAGACGGAGACUUUGUUGUUCUCCUUAACUUCACUAGAGUUUUGUUUGUGUUAAGAAGUUCUGAAAUGAAGUGGAGGCGGUUACAGCCAUUCACAAUGGCUACGUGCGAGGAACUAUUCACUUUUAGAGGCAAGUUUUAUGCGAUCUUUAUCAACGGAGACGUUUUCGCUUUCGAUCCUCAUUUCCAGGGACUGACUCAUCUGAAGCCCUUGGAGCUACCUAACUGCGGUUCGUGCAAUGAUCUGGUUCAGUCCGGUGAUGACGAGCUUUUCCUGGUUGAGCAAAUCCUCCCUCGUAACGACGACGUGUUUGACUUCCAUCGGUUAGCGCUAAGAGUGUGUAGGCUAGAUGUGGAGGCUGGUCAAUGGGUGGUGGCAACCGAUAUAGGAGACCGUGUGUUUAUUAUUGGAGACUUGGGGAAUGUCUCAUGCUCGGCUAAAGAGUUUCCUGAUGGUUGUGGUGUGAGUGGGAACUCCAUUUUGUAUACUAAUAUGCCAUGGAAGGAAACAUACUUUUACAAAUAUGGAGUAGAUACAGGACGCGAGGAAGACGACCGCAACUGUUGGUGGUAUUCGAGAGAGAAUCUGGUGACUAUCCUCAGCACUUCUCCGGUGGUGGCUCUGCGGGUCGAGCGAAGCAAUGAACCGAACGUAAAGGACAUUGGGGCUACGUCUGAGGGCAAUCGAUCUUGAUAUGUCGCCCGGCCCAGAGGCAAGGACAACAUUAUCAUUACUCAUGGUUCGGUAGGCAGAUCCGCUCAGAUUGUUCUCUCUAGUUUUUUAUUACCUUGUUUUCAUGUAUUUGCAAUGUUGGUGAAGACACAAGUAAUGUUCAAUUCUGUUCUAUAAGUAUAAGAAUGUUAAACUCA